AUGGUCCAAACGUGGAGGAGACCGUGGUGGAAGUUGCUCGCAUUGGCAUUCUGUUCCUUCAAGUCACUCAUUCGGGGAGUAAAGACACUGUGCUACACGGUCAAUAGGUCAUACGCCUGGAUAACCCCUAGAGGGGUACGCAUACGUAUUUCACAGGUUGACACACUACUGGAAGAUUCCAUGGUGAAGCGAAGCCGCAAUGAUAUUCCCGAGGCGCUGACGGGCGAUGAAUCGGUUAAAAGGCAUCUUGAGGAUCUAUUGGAUUCCAAAAUUGAACUAGAAGCAUUAGUAAAGAAUAUGAUCCAGGAAGAAAACUCAACGUCACCGCAGCAACCGUCACCGGAACAGUCCACUUCCGCAACAACAAACCUAACUACUGACAGUGAAAUUAAACCUAUAUCAAACAAGAAAAGUGCGGCUAAGAAAUUAAAGAUCAGCUAUGACAAUGAAUACAUUGACCUUGACUACGACACCAAAAGGCAACCAUUCAGACAUAUUGAGCAAAACGAAUGCAAAAUCCCCAACUUCGCUAACGUGUGGAACGCUAUAGUCGAUAUGAGACAAAGCAAAACAGCGCCUGUAGAUACAAUGGGUGCUCAUUGCUGUGCUGACGAGACAGAGGACAAAGCCACUUACGAGUACCAGACGCUUAUUGCAUGUAUGCUCUCUAGCCAGACAAAGGAUGCGGUAACCGCGGCGGCUAUGGAUGCGCUUAAACAACGUGGACUCAACGUGCAAAACAUAGCCAAGAUGUCAGAGGAGGAGCUAGACUCACUAAUCUCCAAAGUAGGAUUCCACAAAACAAAAGCAAAGCACAUCAAACAAGCUACCGAUAUCAUUCUUAAUGAGUACAACGGAAGGGUUCCGGAUACCGUGCAGGACCUGGUGGCGCUCCCAGGUGUAGGACCCAAAAUGGCCAACCUAGUCAUGCAGCUUGCGUUCAAACGAAUAAAUGGCAUUGCAGUUGAUUUACAUGUGCAUAGGAUUGCCAACAGACUUGGAUGGGUCAAAACCAAAACACCAGAAGAGACCAGAAUCAAGUUGCAGUCGCUUAUACCUCAAAAAUUGUGGGCAGAGGUCAACCACCUUUUGGUAGGAUUUGGCCAAACCAUUUGCGUUGCCGCUGGACCAGGUUGUCCCACUUGUGCUGCAAACACAUGGUGCCCUACCGGAAGGGCUUACCUCGCAAAGUAG